AUGAACGCAACGACGGCCACCACCAUCUCAACAACAACAACAACUACUACGACCACUACUACAACAACAACAACAACAACAACAACUACUACUACUACAACUACAACAACAACGACAACAACGGAGCCCGUGUUUCGUCCAAAGAUUGUGGUGGAGGACGGGCGGUUUCUCAUCCGGCUCGAUGGUGGGAUUGACUUUGACCCGCUCGAGGUGCUGGCGGAGCUGCAAAGGCUACGAGAUGAAGUUGCAACUCUGCGGGCAAGCACAAACACCCGCAUCGACCGCGUGAACGCACGCGUCACAGAACUGGACAACGCAACGACAUCGCGCACCUCAGGCCUGGCCGAGCAGCUCUCCACUACACAGGACCUCGUUGGCACGCACGACCAAAAGCUGGAAGCCCUGGAAGGCGAGGUUGAGGACAAUGCCGUGACGGCCGGUGAGCUCGGAGACGCACUGGACGCCGUGGAGCAUCGCGUCACCGCUGCCGAACGCAACCAGACGGCCGCCUCAUCCCGCGUCGACGACAUUGAGAGGGAUAUCAUGUACCUUCCCGGGGUGCUGGCCUGUGCAGAGGGGCGCAACCUAUACGACGCAAGCGAGGACGAGUGCGUGCCGGCCAAAACAAUCGCCUGCAACAAGGACCUGCUGGAAAUGGCAAUUGCCAGCUCCCACUCUGAGGUGGUGGAGACCUCGUGUGGUACCAUCUUUGGUGGCGUCGGUUGCCUCGUGCAGUGUUCCCUUGGCUAUGAGGCCUCUCCCAACUCUGCAAUCGCCGUGUGCCAGGCUGACCGCUCGUUCUCCGUGCCUGAUCUCGACUGCGAGAUUGUGGACUGCGGCGCGCCGCCCAACCCGCACGGCGUCACGUACCAGUGUGACGCGCACACCUACGGCUCCAGCUGCCACGUUACAAGCUGUCCGUUCCUCGUGGGCGGUGACAGCUCCCUCACGUGCGGUGCCGAUGGCCAGUGGCGUGGCACACCGCCCGAGUGCAGCCAGUUCAGGCCUUGGGUCCUGGACGGGAACCAGUACCGCCUGCCAAAGGAGGAGGAGGGCCCCUUCACCAGCAGCUCCUGCCCUUCGUACUUUGUAGGCGGCAACGCAUACUCCAGUGGCGGCAUCACAUUCAUCACGGGCCCUUUCAAGCAGAGCAACAACCGAUUUGCUGUGGUGCCAAACGGUGCCCAGGUGAAGCUUGUCCCGUCAAAACCCGUGCAGCAGAUGCACUUUCUCGUGUCUGGCGGCCGUGGCACCGGCUUCAGCUUCUACGUGAGGUUCUACUACACAGACGGCAACACGUACCAGACGGGAACAGGCAGCAUCGCCUGGGACUGCCAAGCGGGCGCAUCAGGCGCCAGCGGGCUCUCCAUCACCCACCUCGGCGGCUACGGCAACUAUGGUUGUUGUGACCAAUGGUACCGCCUGUAUGCUGUGCCCAACUCUUCGUCGAAGGAACUCAUGGCUGUGAGCUUCCACUGGUCUGGCGGCGGCACAGACAUCUUCGGCAUCACAGCCAUUGUCUAA